AUGUCUCAUCAGAGGCAAGAGAAUGAUGGUCACAGAGAUGGUAAGUACGUAUUUGAAAGCCAUUCUCUUUCUGCCCUCAAGGCAGAGUUCCAAACUAUGUUAACGGAUGGCAUGACGAGUCGAAUAGAAACCCACUCGCUUGCUGAAUAUCAUUCAAGUGGUUCGACUUCUUCGAGUUCAUUAAGCACUAGUUGUGAAUUACUACAAGAUGAUCACACACCGAGUAAGGAAUCCAUCAAUGCUCUCAGGAGUAUCGCGGAUAGGAUGUUCUCGGCAGGACAUGUCGAUGAUUGCAUUCAGGUGUAUGCAAGUGCUCGAAAAUCAUUCAUGGACAUGAUUUUUCAACGGCUUGGUAUCGACAAACUGAGCACUGUUGAUGUCAAAAGGAUGGAGUGGCAGUCAUUGGAGAGAGAGAUACAACAGUGGAUACAAGCAGCUAGUGCUUGUGUUCAAGUUCUCUUUCCCAGAGAGAAGCAACUCUGUGAGCAGAUUUUUGAAGGUCAAGAAGCGGGAUUAGAUGAUGCUUGUUUUUUUGAAACGGUUAAAGAUCAUGCGAUUCUCUUAUUCAACUUUGCAGGAGUUGUAAGUGUUGGGCGCAAAUCAAUGGAGAAAUUGUUCAAGAUUUUAGACCUCUACGAUGCACUGUCAGGUUUUUGGCCAAAUAUUUCUGUUGUUUUCAAGUCAGAAUCAAUGGUCUCAAUUAGAGUUCAGGUCUCUGAUACACUGACUCAGCUUGAAGAGGCAGUAAGAGGGAUUCUCUCUGAAUUUGAGAAUACAGUCCUUGGAGAGAGAACCAUUCCGGUUGUGGGAGAUCAGCCAAUCAGCACCAUGACUAUUUAUGUGAUGAAAUGUAUGACGCUUAUGAUCUCUAAAUACAAGCUGACUCUAUUUAAAUUGAUUGUAUCAAAGCCAGAGUUGAAACAAGAUGGAGGAGACUUGAUGAUGAUGUCUGAUAUAGAAUUAAUGGAAAACGAGGGUCGAACUCCUCUGGCCAUCCAUUUGGCUUGGAUCAUUGUGGCUCUACGAAACAAUUUGGCAGGCAAGUCCAAGCACUAUGCAGAUGCUUCUCUGGCUCAUGUGUUCAUGAUGAACAAUGUCCACUACAUUGUUCAGAAAAUUAACGAGUCGUUGGAAUUGAGAGAAAUGGUGGGAGAACAUCUUUUGGAGAAAUUAAGAGGACAGAUUCAGCAGGAUGCAAGUAAGUAUGAGAUAUCAACUUGGAACAGGGUGAUGCAGAUUUUGGACACUACGGAACUAGUGCGUGCAGGCAAUUGGAAAUUCAGUUUUAAAAGAGACGACAAAGCGAAGCUCAAGAAAUUUUAUGUUAUGUUUGAAGGUGCUCAUCAGACCCAAGCGAUAUGGUUGGUACCUGAUCCACAUCUCCAGGAGGAGCUUCGCAAGUCCAUUUUAAAAAAGUUGACUCCAACUUACAAGUCAUUUCUUGAUGAGUUCCGCAGAUUGCAUGGAAUAGAUUCAGAGAAAUACAUCAAGUACUCAAUUGAGGAUUUGGAAAGAUUUGUUUUUGAUUUUUUCAGAGGGCGUCAAGUAUCCAAGCAAUUGACGAGAUCUCAACAAAAUUAA